UGGUCGAUGACACCUCUGGCUGAGGUGGCGAUGUGUGUUUUUGCGCCUCUGUUGACUUGCUUGCAGCAGGACGCAACCUCCACCUUGAGCGCAUAGGUUGCCAUGAGAUUUCUCAGCCCAAUCAUCUCACAUCAGCUACACUUCUUGCUCUCUGAAGAUGAUCCGCAUUUAUAACCCUCACCAUGUGCCGUUUCUACAUCAGACGGAGCAGCUUCGCCAGGCGGGCACCCUUUGUGACACACUUCUCACCGUUGAGGGCCUUUCAUUUAAAGCCCACGCUUUGAUCCUCGCACUGGCAAGCAAACGACUCGGGCGUCAACUAACAAACCAGCAUAACCCAAAUCCAGGAUACUGCUGUGCCAUUGAGAGCGUUUCUCCUCAUACUCUCAAGCAAAUCCUAGACUAUGUGUACAGCGAAUCGGUGGAGGUUCCCAAAGAUGACCUGGAGGAGCUGCUGAGGGGCGCAGAGUAUCUAGAAGUCGAGUCUUUGGUGGAACAGUGUCAAGCACAUCUCAAAAAUCCAACAAAAACAAACGUAAAAUCACCCCAAGAUGACAAAACACACAAGUACACUCAGAUGUCCAAGAAAGACCACUGUACUGAAGAAAACAAGCUUGACUGCUCUUCGGAAGAGCGCUCUUCCAUCAAUAAAGACCGUAAGAGGCAGACUCACUCGUCACCAAAAAAGACCUGUUCUCCAGUCUCUCCCGUGUCUCCCAUUUUCUCCAGAGAAACCAUAAUUUCUUCAGGAGCUCCGUCUCAGACUCCACGUCUUUGCUGGCCUCCGGUGAACCCAAAUCGGAGCAUGGUGUUAAACUGUAGUGAAAUAAUGGCCUUCCAUUCUCUCCGAGCGUAUCCAUAUCCCACACCAAUGUACCCCAUUCUCCAUCGCUCGCUCCAGCCACAGGUCUCUUCCUCGCUCAUGGGCUACACCGGGUUACUUCACCCAUAUCACUCUCUCAUACACUCUUCUCCACUGACUCAAGACAGUCCUUUCACUCCUGGCGUAAAAGGAAAGAGUGGCUCCAUCAGUGCUUCUCUUGCAGGUUCCAUGACGGAGGAUCGAGAGAGCUUGAUGACAAAUUUUAGCGACAUCAGAGAACUAUUUAUAGUGACUGACUUACUGUUGUUCUGUGGUGAUCUGUGGGCAGGUUCGGGGGAGAUGGCAUUCAGGUGUAAGUUCUGCGGUCGAGGUGGACGGGACAGGCGGUCUCUGCGCUCCCUCAGGAGGGCUGUUGGAGGAGAGAAGCCUUAUCAGUGCAAACAGUGUAGCAAGAGGUUCAGCCUGAAACACCAGCUGGACACACAUCACCGCGUCCACACAGGUGAAAAACCAUUUGAGUGUCGCCUGUGUGGUCAGCGGUCGCGUGACUAUUCUGCAAUGAUCAAGCAUCUACGUACUCACAGCGGUGCCACCCCAUACCAGUGCACCCUGUGCCUGGAGUUUUGUAGCAGCCUGGCAGCCAUGCAGAAGCACCUGAAGAAUCACCCGACGCAGGAAUUUCCUCCAGACUGGAGCCUGAGCAGCACAUAUCUCUACAACUGCCACACUUAACACCACCUGCAGGAUCAAAUAUGUACAUAUCAAAACAUUGCAUACUGUUUUGCUAUUUUUAAUACUCUUAUAAAUCUAUUUUUCCAAGUCAUUCUAUAAAUACAAUAAUAUAUUUAAUAUACUCAAGUAGGGAUGUAACUAAAUUUAGUUUCACAGUGAUUUAAAAGACAUUUUAAUCAUUUAAAGUAUUUUUUGUUUCACUUUAACAUUAUAUUUCUCAAAAUUAAAUUAUGUAAAUGGGUAGUUAUUCAACAACAAAAAAUUAUAAUAAAUAAACUUGCAUACUUUAGGAAUGAAAUUUUUUUUUUAUUUGGACCUUGUUAAAUAUUGGACGUACAAUAUUAGAUUUUUGCAAAUGUUUUCACUUAUUUUGGCUGAGCUGAUGCCACGUUAAUGUACAAGAUU